AAUUUAAACGUAGAAUUUGAAUUCAUCUGUCGCAUGUCGCAUCGCCAUCGCCGAAUUUUUUUUAUCCUGCCUUUCUGAUAUUUGACGUCGUUGUUGUAGGUUGGUGUCGGUCUCGUUUUCACAAAUAAAGCAAGAUGGCAACUGACCAGGAACAGGCCGGAGAUUGCCCUGAUGAUAUCGAAUCUUUAGAGGAGGAAGAUCUCGGCCAGGAUGUCGCCAAGCAAUUAGACUCUUUUCCCGGCUUUUCGGCGCUGCAGCAACAGCGAAACGCCGAAAUGCUAGCCCGUUUACCGCCCGUUGUUAAACGGAGAAUCAAAGCUUUGAAAAAAAUGCAGUUAGAAACUACUAACAUUGAAGCGAGGUUUUUUAAGGAAGUUCACGAUUUAGAGUGUAAAUACCACAAACUGUACACACCUUUCUACGAAAAGAGGAACAAAAUAGUAAACGGCCAGUACGAACCUAACGAUGAGGAAUCUCAAUGGCCCUCUGACGACGAGGAGCUAACCGAGGCCAUUAAGGAAAAACUAAAAUUAGAGGAAGCCAAGGAUGUAGAUAUCAAAAAGGACAUGAAGGGCAUUCCAGACUUCUGGCUAACUAUUUUCAGAAACGUUUGCUUGUUAUCGGAAAUGGUACAACCCCACGAUGUACCCAUCUUAAAGCAUCUUGUUGAUAUCAAGACAAUUAUCAAAGAAAACCCAAUGAAUUUCAUAUUAGAAUUCCACUUUUCUCCCAACGAAUAUUUCACCAAUAGUGUACUUACGAAGGAGUACCAAAUGAAGUGCGUGCCCGAAGAGGACGACCCGUUCAGCUUCGAGGGUCCCGAGAUCUACAAGUGUUCGGGGUGCGUGAUCAAUUGGAACAAAGGCAAAAACGUGACCGUGAAGACGGUGAAGAAGAAACAGAAGCACAAGAGCCGCGGCGUCGUCAGAACGGUGACGAAGACCGUCCAGAACGAUUCGUUUUUCAAUUUCUUCAGUCCGCCGACCAUUCCCGAAGACACUAAAGAGGAGGACGUCGACGAAGAUUUGAGAAAUUUGCUGACUACGGAUUUCGAAAUUGGGCAUUACAUCAGAGAGAGGAUCGUGCCCAGGGCGGUGCUGUUUUUCACCGGAGAAGGUUGUGAAGAUGAGGAUGAAUUCGAGGAGGAGGAAGAGGAGGACGACGAGGAAGAAGAUGAAGGUGAUUCCGAUGAUAACAAAGAUGCAGGGCCGAAGGCCAUUAAGGAUCAAAAUUGCAAACAACAGUAAACUAUUACGGAGAUAUGUAAAAAUUAAUCCCGAGGGGGACAUGAAACGAUUUGCAAUCUUCCUAUUUUGUUUUUUUCUUUGAUUUCUGCUUUUUGAGAUUACCGUUACAAAUUCAUUGUUUCUAUUGUCAGUUUUAGAUCUAUUGUUAACAAGACUGUUUUUUGUAGCCGCUACAUCCAGGUUUAAACAAUUUCCUAAAUUAAUUUGUUUUGUAUGGAAAAAUAUAUAUUGAAUAAAAAAA